AGGAAAGUGAGUAUAAAAGGGGCAACAUCCCCCCUCAGUAUCCUGUACAUUUGAAGCUUUAGACUUCUAUCUUAUUACGUUCACGACUCGUACCGAUUUAGACUAAAGGCUAUUUCUCUUUUGCCUUUGAUUCCUUGGUACUUACUUUUUAUUAUUACGACCCUCUCUUCACUCGCCUAGACCGUGUGAUUAAAAAACUUUCUUGAACCUUUUUGGCUAUCGACAAGUUUUUACGAAUUUAACAUUUCCGUUUAUUAUUAUUAUUUUUAAGCAUCUACAACAACUUAACAACCAUGGCACAAACUUUUGAGCAAGCUGUUACCAAGCUCGUUAGAGACUUUGAGUACUCCGAUGAGCAGCUUAAGGAAGGUGUGAAGGAGUUCAAGCAACGCCGUUUGGAGGGUCUCGCCGCCGACGGAAAGAUGCUUGCCUUGGCUCCCACCUUUGUUACUGAUGUUCCCCACGGUGAUGAGACCGGCGACUUUUUGGCUCUCGAUUUGGGUGGAACCAACCUUCGUGUCUGUCACGUCAAGUUGAUUGGCGGCGGCAAGUACGAGAUGAAGCAAUCCAAGUUCAAGCUCCCUCGUGAGUACCAACAGAACGAAGAGGUUGCUCCUCUUAUCGACUACAUGGUUGAUGCCAUUGAGAAGUUUGUCAAGGACAACUUCCCCGAGAAGUUCGGCUGUGCCGACUCUGAGAAGCUCCCCUUGGGUUUCACCUUCUCUUUCCCCAUGUCCCAAACCUCCAUCACGGAGAGCAAGCUUUUGCGUUGGACCAAGGGUUUCAACAUCCCUGAGGUUGUCGGUGAGGACUUUGGUCAAAUCUUGAACGAGCGUAUGAAGGAGCGCAAUGUUCCUGUUGUUAUGGAGGCCAUUUGCAACGACACUGUCGGUACUAUGGUUACUCGUGCUUACACCUCCGACGCCAAGAACACCUUCAUGGGUAUUAUCUUCGGCACUGGCAGCAACGGUGCCUACAUUGAGUGGACCAAGAACAUCGGCAAGUUGAACGGCGCAACCGAUGCCCCUCAAAUGGCCCUUAACGUCGAAUGGGGUGCCACUGACCUUGACAUCUUGCACCCUACCCGUUACGAUCUCCUUGUUGAUCACGACACCCCCAACCCCGGCAAGCAAAUCUUUGAGAAGCGUGUUGGUGGUAUGUACCUUGGUGAGCUUUUCCGUCGUGCCUUGUUCCACUUGAUCAAGGUUUACGGCUUCAGCAACGGUAUCUUCCCUCCCUCCAUGACUGAUGCUUGGAGCAUUGACACCUCCAUCUUGUCUGCUAUUGUCAAGGAGCGCACUGCUGACAAUGUCCGCAGCGUCUUGAACAAGUACAAGAUCCGCUUCCGCUCUGACGAGGAGGCUCUUAUGUUGUACGACUGUGCCUAUGCCGUCGGUCGCCGUGCUGCUCGCAUGUCUGCUAUUCCCAUUGCUGCUAUUUUGGAAGAGACUGGUCGUCUUGGACAACCCGCCGAUAUUGCAGUUGACGGCUCUGUCAUCGAGUACUACCCCGGCUUUGAGAACCUUAUCCGUGAGGGUCUUCGUGUCUUGAUUGGUGAAGAGAAUGAAAAGAAGGUUACCAUGGGUAUUGCCAAGGAUGGCAGUGGUAUCGGUGCUGCUCUUUGCGCUCUCCAAGCUCUUAAGCAAAAGAAGAACUAAGCUUGUGAGGUACGACACUACAUAUGAUUCAUAAGUCUUUGGCCGUCAUCGUUGUCUCGGAUGCAGUCGCUGGUGUGAAGUGAGCAUUCCAUCUUUUGUCAUCUCAGCGCCAGCAAGUUUGCUUCUGGUCAUCGGCGUAAUGCAUAUUCCUCUUGCAGCUGGCUCAGGAUCCCGCUCGUUUGUUUUUGAACCGGCGCACACUCUGAUCUGUGUGUAGUCUUGAAUAUUUUUUUUCUUUUUGGAGGCUAUUACUGUUAUGUUUUUAAUGUGAAAAAGUUUCAGAGGA